GGGACUCGCCGCCGCGGCUCUGAGCUCCUCGAGCCCUCCCGCAGCGACUGCGGCGCCGCGUCUCCCCGUCCGCGCCCGGGGCCGCCGCUGGCGAUGACCGGAGAGAAGCUGCGCUCGCUGCGCAGGGACCACAAGCCCAGCAAGGAGGACGGGGACCUGCUGGCGCCCGGCGAGGAAGAGGCGGCUGCCGCGCCUGGCGGAGGAGGCGCCUUCACUGGCGGCCGGGCGGGGAGCGGCAAGGGCGGCCGCGCCGGCAGCCACCGCAUCUUCACCAACCACCACCGGCUGCCGUUCAAGGCAGGACCCGGGGGGUCCUCACCCGCCGCCGGAACCGACCCCGACAAGUGUCCGGCGGCGCAGUUCCCCGUGCAUGAGUGUGUCUUCAAGGGGGACGUUAGGCGGCUGUCGGCGCUGAUCCGCACGCAGGGCAUCGGCCAGAAGGACAGUCACGGAAACACUCCGUUACAUCUUGCGGUGAUGUUGGGGAAUAAAGAAUGUGCUCACUUGCUUUUGGCCCACAAUGCUCCUGUGAAAGUGAAAAAUGCUCAGGGAUGGAGUCCUCUUGCAGAAGCCAUCAGCUAUGGAGAUAGACAAAUGAUUACAGCACUCCUAAGGAAACUGAAACAACAGUCUAGGGAAAGUGUUGAAGAAAAGCGACCUCGAUUAUUAAAAGCCCUGAAAGAGCUAGGUGACUUCUAUCUUGAACUUCACUGGGAUUUUCAAAGUUGGGUGCCUUUACUUUCCCGAAUCCUGCCUUCCGAUGCAUGUAAAAUUUACAAACAAGGUAUAAAUAUCAGGCUUGACACAACACUCAUAGAUUUUACUGACAUGAAGUGCCAACGAGGGGACUUGAGCUUCAUUUUCAAUGGUGAUGCUGCACCCUCUGAAUCCUUUGUAGUUUUAGACAAUGAACAAAAAGUUUACCAACGAAUACAUCAUGAGGAAUCUGAGAUGGAAACAGAGGAAGAAGUUGACAUUUUGAUGAGCAGCGAUAUUUAUUCAGCAACAUUAUCAACCAAAUCAAUUACCUUCACACGUGCCCAAACAGGAUGGCUUUUCCGAGAAGAUAAAACAGAAAGGGUAGGGAACUUUUUGGCAGACUUCUACCUGGUUAAUGGGCUUGUGUUAGAAUCAAGGAAAAGACGAGAACAUCUCAGUGAGGAAGAUAUUCUUCGAAACAAGGCUAUCAUGGAAAGCUUGAGUAAAGGUGGAAACUUGAUGGAACAAAACUUUGAGCCUGUCAGGAGGCAGUCUCUUACUCCACCUCCACCCAACACUAUUACGUGGGAAGAGUACAUAUCUGCAGAAAAUGGAAAAGCACCUCAUUUGGGUAGGGAACUGGUCUGCAAAGAAAGCAAGAAAACAUUUAAAGCCACAAUAGCCAUGAGCCAAGAAUUUCCUCUAGGAAUUGAAUCGUUAUUGAAUGUUUUAGAAGUAAUUGCACCCUUCAAGCACUUUAACAAACUGCGGGAAUUUGUGCAGAUGAAACUUCCACCAGGCUUUCCUGUAAAGUUAGAUAUACCUGUGUUUCCAACCAUCACGGCCACUGUGACUUUUCAGGAGUUUCGCUAUGAUGAGUUUGAUGAAUCAAUCUUCACAAUUCCUGAUGACUACAAGGAGGACCCUAGCCGCUUUCCUGAUCUCUAACUCAACUGGAAAGUUAGCAGCAAAUAAAGAAUACCAGCAUGCCACAGAAAGAGAGGAUGCAGAUAACCCACAGACCUGUGUCUCACAGUGGGUGGAACUGGAAGGGAUAAAACUUGCUUAAAUGAAUUCAGAAAGGGAACACAGAGUGAAUCUCAAUCAGUUGUACCAUAUAGAGCGCAUCCAUCUAGUGUCUAAAUGACAGCAGGUCUCCGGAUGUGUCACUUGCAUUUAUACAUCCAGACCUGCAAGCAUGGUAGCCUGGCACCUCGGUGACAACCCCCACCCUCACCCUCCACAUACUUACAUAACAGCUAUAAAGACUGUAAUUUGUUUUUACAUUUUUACGUUUCUUGGUAAUAAAAAGCAUUCUUGGACCAUUACAUUAAAAACUAAAAUGUCUUACCUGGCUAUUUGCCCUUCAAAACAUCCACCUUACUCAAGAUGACUCAUAACUUUCCUUUAAGCUUUGUUUUCAUAAAUUGUAAAUUCUGUAAUAUUCCAUAAAUUGAACAUCAGCUGAGCAUAUCGUAAAAGGAAUUGAUUUUCUGUAGAUGAAUGAACCAAAUGGUAACCAUUUAAACAGUUGCAUUUACCUUAUUGCAAUACAUUUCAGAACUAGAGCAUUCACUCUGCAGGGAAUAAGGUACCUCCUUUAGCACCUUAGUGCAAUUCAUUGUGGUGCUAUUCAUAUUUUUCCCAAACUGUUAGUUUCUCCUUUGAAAGUUGUUUACUGAUCUUCUUGUGAAAACUGCAGAUGUUAUUUUUUCAAGCUGGUUGGAAAUGUCCUUGGUGUAUUGGAGAGCAUGCUUGGAGAUUACUCAUUAGUCCCCAAGUUGAAUCACUGACAUUGACCGGAUUGAACAAUCAUUGUAGGCUAAACAAGCCAUAGUAGCUUGUUUAAGCUGCAGUCCAUGCCAGGAGCAAUUUGCAUGAUCACCUGCCUGACAGCUGCUUGCUGUAUCGUCCAAACCUGGGCGGCAUAGUGUGCGAGAGGGAAACAACCCUCAAAUAAACGAUGGGGUUAUUUUUGGAUUUUUUUUUGGGGGGGGGAAGAUUGUUUCCCCCUCAAGCCAUGCCACCUGGGUUUGGAUGUCAGGACGAGCUGUGGGCGGGCAGGUGAUUAUGCAAUUCGCACUCUGCAUGCAUCAUGGCGUAAGCAGGCCACCAUGGCUUGUUUUGCCUGUGAUGAUCAUGUGAACUGUCCCAUUCUUUGGGGUUUAUCUGAUCCAUGAAAGCUGCCCAUAAACAACACUAACUUUGUAUUGCUGUGCAGCUGCACUAGGGAAUAUAUGCAGUUAUAUUAGAACAACAACCUCAGAGCUUAAGUAUCUUUUCCUAAGUGAAAACCUAGGAGAAAUGAGUAGGGCUUGCAAUGAAUAAAAGGAAAAAAAAAUGUACAGGAAUAAUCAGGGUGUUUCCAGCAUGGGUAGGUACAGAAAGAAGAAUGGUGGUGGUUGUUUUCAGAUGGGUUUUAAAAACUUAGGAUCUUCACAUGGUUCCAGUGUAUGAAACUUGAAGAUAACCUAGCCUUUUUGCUUUACUGGAAAGAAUGUGUCCAAAACUGUCAGUACUUUUGUUCAUUUGUAUUCAGAGGUUUAGCUUCCAGUGAUGUGUAAAUGUACAAAAAUGUAAAUAUUUUCAGAAGUAUAUUCUUUGUGCAGUCUAGUCAAUCUUUUUUUUCCUGGAAACUGUUCAAGUCACUUUACGACUUGAAGAAAACCACCAUGCUGGGUAACACACCCAGUUGCUGGUGAUAACUUGGAAUGUGAAAUGGAGUGAGGUGAGUCCCAGCACGCAAUAAAACCAGACUCAUGAGCCACAUAAUGCUUUGUCAGGAAAAAAGGUACAAGAAUUGUCCCAAGUGCUGUAGCUUUGUACUAUUGCAUGUACAAAGAGGCAACUCCAGAAAACGAGCCUUAUGACCUAAUAUGGGGGAUAACUGUUGGGCCCAAUUCCAGAAAUAUUGGAAACUUGUUUAAAGCUCCAACCUUAACUGAUGUUGACGGUGAAGACUGACAGCCCUGCGUGUGAACAGGGCAUUGAUUGACUUUGUGUGUAUUGUUGUAGGUGCCAUAUUGUGAAAAGUACGAUUUCACUAUCAGUAUCCAUUAUGAGAGGUGCAACCCAGUCCCUGUAAAUAGAUAAUGAAAUAGAUAAAUGGCAUUUUGUCAGUUAAUUACUCUGUUUCCUCUGCCAGUUGAUUCCUGGAAGAGGCAUGGGGUUUGAAUUCCUGACACUAUGGGUUGUAUCCUAUUAGCACCUUCGAGUAAGGUUGCUGGAGGGGUAGGGGGACUCUCUGGAGCAGAUUUGGGGGGCGGGGGAGGGAAGGUUCUGUUGUGUGAGUGGAAGUCUGCUCACAUAAUGUUGGAUCUUGCCCUUUGUAUUAUCAAUCCUGUAGGGACCUCUUAAAACAAUACGGAGAUGCUUUACAGGAAUUUACAGUUCUGUUCUCACAUAAGUGAAUGAUGAGCAGAAUGGGCUUGAUUAGGUGAUGGCCACUAAACUGUGGAAAUAUGCAAUUGGUCAUCUCCUAUAUCUAAAAUUAUUGGGUAAAUAAUGCCAAAGUUGUCUUUCAUAGAUGUCUACAAAAAUAAAUAUUGGCCCAAGAGCUGUCAGACUCAUGUCUAGCAAAUGGGUUUCCAUUCACAAUGGUUAAAAAUAAUGGAUUGGAUCCAGCCAUAGUCAUGCUUAGUAUAUACCCAUUGAAGUCCAUUAGUUGGUAAUGACUAAAUUAAAUUACAUUGAUUUUAAUAGGUCUAGUAAGCAUAAGUAAGUCUGAAUCUAACCCAAUGGAGAUAUUUGUCCUAUUUGAUAAAGUCACAAUCCUGUCUUAGUAAGUUAUUUUAAUUUCAACAAAAAUAUAAGAGGUGCUGCACUAUCUUUGAGGACAGAUGUGAGCCCUCAGAAAUUCUAGACUAUUUACACCCAAAAAGGGGGGGGGGAGCCAACAGUCUGUCAUUGGCUUUGAUAGAAUAUAAAUUGUAUCAAAAUCUAAUCUCAUUUUAAAAUGUUUAGUUACAUGCGAGUGUUUUGUAACAGUACUGCAUUUCAGGAAAAAUUGGUGCCCACUGCAGCUGAUCUGUCUGAGGCUAGAUGCACGUACACAGAGAUUUCUUGCAUGCAUAGAGUUUCUAGUUCAUGAAUUUGGGAAGAUGAUCCACCCAUACAAAAAUGUUCUUGUAUAUUGACCCUCUUUGUGAUAAAUGGGAAAGCCAUUCGAGUAUAGGGAGCUCUAUGCAUGCAGUUAUGUUCUCACACUUUGAGCAAAUGAUUGAUUAGUAAGUCUCCAAUCUAAGAUUUGGUGCUUGGUCAGUAAAGAAUUGGCAUGAAUGAAGCAAAUUGUUUAGCACUUAGUAGUUAAGCACUUCACAGCACCUAUUGUGGCUCCUUUUCGGUUGGAUAUUCACAUUCUUUUCUGACGUAGUAGUCACAAUUAGGAAACCUCUGUGUGGCAUUUUUGCACGUCGUUUUUUUAAUGCAUCCCCAUUGGUUAGAAUGACAGCUUUCCUAUGUCCUGGAGUUCUUUGGGGUCAUUUGGAUUUUGGAUCUCACAAGUGGGGUAUGGGGUUGCAUUAUGACCAAAAAAAAAAAAGUUCAUACAGUGUAAGGAUUCACACUGUAGGUAUCAUAAGAGGCCAGGUAAUAGAAUAAAGUACCUCUUCCAUGCGUCUAGGUCAGAGUUAAUAUCUUUGAGAAGCAAUUAGCAUUCUAAAUAUUUUGGACAGAUAAAGUAAAUACAAGUUAAAUUCACUAUUUUCCAAGAGCCUUCUGAAACUUCCUUGAAGUAAGUCCUCUUAAUAAUCUAGCAGAAAUGUUUUGCUACGCAUGAAUAAGGAAUCUUUUGGGGGGGAAAUCCUAGAACUCUUCCUUAACCAAACUCAAGUUUUACUGGUCUUCCAAAUAAUUGCUUUGUUUCAUGGCAAAGGGAAUCAUCUUUCUUUCCAAGCAGCUGUCGUUUCAAUCACCUUAUUAAGUUUGAAAUUGUGAUUCAUGGAUAUCUAGCAAUUUGUAUCAGAUAGUACACCUGUGGAUAUCAAUCUGCGCUGGAAACUCACCUUAAGUUGAAGCAUAAUAUAUUCAAAAAGUCCAUUUUUAAAUAUAUAUACUUGUUUUUGGUUCAUUAAAGAUAUGACAUUAUUUAAACUUUAUUAACUUCCUCUAAUGCUGCAGUUUUUCCUUUGACAGUUUAUAAUUGUGGGAACUUAAAUGGCAUUUUUUUGGUAUAUUUUCAUGUGUUUUGUCUAAUCUAAACUCACCUUCACUAAUAGGUUUUUUGGUUGCACCACUUAGAAUUAAGACCAAAAGAUACUGUUUGCUUUUGAAACUGAACAUAUGAACAUUUUCAAAUCUAUAUUCUACCAUGUGUGGAUACUUCCUCCAUAUUAGAGGAAGACUAAGAAUUACAAAAAGGCUGUUACAGUGUACCACUUUCACAAGGACAUUUUAUUGGUCAGUUUUUCAAUAAAAUCCUCAAUUUUCAGUG